AUGGACUCCAGCAGCGACAGCGACAGCGACGAUGAUGUACUCGCUUACCGCCAGGCGGCGAAGGAGAUGCUGGACACAUCACGCGUGAAGAGACUUCAUAGAGACUGGGAGGCGGCAUCCAGGCUGCGCCACAGCGCGUUGCUAUUGCUAUCGGAGGCUUCGCCACGAUACUCUAUACCCCGUGUCCGAUUCGACAUCAACAACGUCACGGACGACACCUGCGUGCUGUUCUACCACCCAACGCCAUCUACGGCGUUUACAAGCUUCAUUUCAGCUGCCGGACGUCAUUCGCACGGGCGCGAGCUCUCGUACGUGUUGUAG